ACUAAAAUGAUAAAGCAUUCCCAACAGAACACAGUCCACAUUAGAUUAUAAUUGCAUUAAGCACCGACAGGUCCUGCUAUAGCCACUAUAAUGAUACUUUAUGGAUUCCUCAAGCCAUUUUCAGAGAGCUCCAUCAUAACUGUACAUGGGUUUUGGCUUGGAAAUAAAUGCACAAUCGAACAUUGUGAAGCUCUUAUCAAAUGAUAGCGGUAGUUCACGUGACAGUCUUGAACAGCAGCAGCUUUCACAGUUCAACAGGCCUCUGAGCUCAAAGCAGGCGGCCAGACACUUAACAGUAAUUUCUCAUUUCUCAUUAACGUAUAUAUAACCUUACCCAAUUUAUUGACAGACUCAGUGGAAGCAAGCAGCUAUAUGAGCUCUAAGCUAUCCAAACACUGCCAAUGAAUGUGAUGACCUCAGAAGCAGUUAAGUGUGGUGUAUUUAUAUUUUAUUAGCACGUCAGCCUUGAAAAAAGAAAGCAAAAGCUCUGUAAACAAGAGACGUUUCUAUUCGAGACUAGCGCUCGGAGUGUCCCAAGACUAACUUUUACUGGGAUCGAUACCUCCAUUUGAUCGAUAUGAGAUUGAGCCACAAAGUUGCAUUUUUUUUUUUUUUUGCAGAAGGACCAUUUCAAAACGGGCGAACAUGACAGGACUUCUGUGCUAAAAACGUAACACUACUACUACACUAACACACUAGCUGAAUUCAUUUAGCCAGGGAGUGACCAUGCGUUUUCCAACAGGACCUCUAGUUUGUUCAUUACCAGAGCUAUCUCAGUGGACAUACAUGCGAUGUAAAGACCGCAUGUGCAACACAGGGAGGGAGCGACCCGUCCAAAUCCUGCACAUCACCUGCAGCUUUUUCAUUGCUUUGCAUCAUUACACUUCUCCAUGAUGCUUAAACUUAGCAGAAGAGCGCACCGAAGUUACACAAGUUCAGGGAAUCAACCUCCAAAACAGAAGAUGGCAAUAUUGAGGAUCUGUACCAGGCGUCGAAGAAAACCAAGCCUGCUUCAGGUUUCAUGUAAAGUGGAUAUGCAGGAGUAGUGAGAAUGAAACUCUUGUGACACGUUUGAAGUCGUUCGUGUCGUUCGUUCACACGAGGAACGAUGUCGAGUGUUCUAGCGAGGACUUUGUUUUACCCCACGCUCGCUUACAAUGUUGUCAUGGAAAAAAUCACUUCCAGACAAUGGUAUAAUCGCGUGGACCCUACUGUCAUUCUCGGUGCUCUUCCAUUCAAGUCAAUGACAGAGGAGUUGGUCCAAAAAGAGAAAGUCAGAGGAGUUAUUACUAUGAAUGAAGAAUAUGAGACAAAAUAUUUCUGCAAUUCAGCUGAGGAGUGGCAAGAUGUUGGUGUUGAGCAGAUCAGACUCAGCACGGUGGACCUGACAGGUGUUCCCAGCCUAGAGCACAUUCACAAGGGUGUGGACUUUGCCUUGAAACAUCGAGAGCAGGGCACUAGUGUCUAUAUUCACUGUAAGGCUGGCCGCUCACGCAGUGCAACUAUUGCAGCUGCAUACCUCAUCAGGCUGCACUGUUGGAGUCCAGAGGAGGCCUAUAAGGUGCUAGCCUCGGUCCGGCCUCAUGUGCUGCUCCGCUCAGACCAGUUGGAGAUACUGCAGGAGUACUACAAGCAAGUGUGCAGUCCUGAGUCCAGCUAGAAGAUAUACAGUGUACAACCGCUGACAAUUAUGCUUAAUCUGAUAUACUGUACAGCCGUAAUUCAUUGUUUUUCCUUGUUGGAGUGCAUAUUUUUCUAUAUAUUCUUUUAAGAAUUUGUGUACUGUACUCAAAAGCAGACUUUAAGCUAUAAUAACAUCCAUCUGGAUCAACAAUUACAUUGUGAAUAAAAAUAUAUAUUACUUCAGAUGUUUUAGACAGUGAAUUUACAAAUACUAUUUAUUUUUGAUUGAGUAAGUGAUGUAAUGUUUUUAAAGUUUUUUUUUUUUUUUUUUUUUUUUAUCCAGAGCUUCUAACUGACUUCUUUGUACUAGGAGUUGUUAAAAAACUGCAUCUGGUAUUUUUUGUUUCUUUGUGGAUGAUAUCUAUAAGGUCAUGAUAUUUUAAAAUUGUAAACAGUAGGAAAUCCUAUCUUGGCAGCUUAACAGAGUCAAAGAAUUUAAUGAUGUUUUUAAUGGCUAUAUAGUAUAAAGAAACUGAGAGAGACCAUUUGCAAUGUAUUUUAAUAAAUAUGACAAACCUCA